UAUUACCGUUCCACAAUUAACUUUCUUUACCUGCUGUCAACGAACAUCCGUUGGUUAUUGAAAUACAGAGCCCUCUUCACUUCCAGGCGUGCGUUUCGUUAUAAGCAAAAUUGAAAUUUAAAAUAACACAAAAUUCAAAAUAAAUUAAGUUAGAUUUACAUACAAAUGAAUCAUUUAGUUUUUUUAGGAUAUGUAACUAACUAUACCAUUGCAGGCAUCGGCUUGAUAUGUUUUUUUCCUUACCAACACAAUUGAAUGCAUCUUACACUAGGAACGGAACGUAAGUUUCCCUAUGCAUACUUAUUAUAAUACUCUUUGCACUGACGCUUGACAUCCGUCAAACUUUGUAAGCGCGAGCAUUCAAAUUCUUUUCCUUUUCACAAGGGCCGUGUAAAAUAAGAAUUGAGGUGUUAUUGUCAUUUGAAAAGAAGUUACCUAUUUUUUGAAAUGGAUAUUACGCCGGUGAGUACCUAAAGAUAACAUCUUGUAUGAGCUAUUUCUACAAAGUUGUACAUUUUGCUUCGGUAAACCCUCAUUCAAGAAUACUUAUUUAUAUUACAGAAAAUAAAGAAGGUUAUGAGCAAAGAUGAGGUUUCACUACUCGUGGAUUUAAUCCAAAGCCACCCAGUAGUAAUUACCAAAGAGACCAAUGCUGCCACCAACAAACUGAAGGAGGAAUCGUGGAUUUCUUUAACGAACAAAUUUAAUUCAAAAAGUGGUCAAAUACCACGUCAGGUCGGUCAGCUUAAAUUAAAAUGGGACAAUUUAAAAAAAGCAGCUCGUAAGAGAGCUGCCAAUAUAAGGAUGAACAAUUUAAAGACAGGUGGUGGCAAACCAGAUUUCAUUCCACCCGAUGAAAUUCUUGAGAAAGUGGCAAGUGUUUUGGGACCCACAUGUAGUGGGUUUGAUGUUCCAUUUGGUGGUGAUGGAGUAGGUGCUACAGAAAAUGUGAAUGAAAUCUUUGAAUUGGACAAUGCUGAUUGGAUGCAAAUUCCUGAACAACUUAACACAAAUGUUGCAUCAGUUAACAUCCAGGAAGAAUCACUUUUGCCUACAUGUCCAAAAAAGAGGAAAAUAGACGAUAGUUCCCAAGCUGGUACUUCAGAAGGCAACACACGCGAACCAGGUGCUAAACAUAUAUAUGGAAUGAUGUCUAAGCCUCUGCAAAGCAAAGGUAAAAUCACUUUUUAUAUUAACAGUGUUUAUGUUAUAAGUUUUUAAACUGACAUGGUCACUAACACUAUUAUUAGAACUUAUGACGGGAUAUUUACCAUUUACCAUACCGGCACUGUUGCAAGCGCCAUGAUCACGGAUUAACUGUGAUCAUGGCGCUUGCAACAGUGCCGAAAUAUCGGAAACUCACCAAAUUCAAUAAACAUGGUAUAUAUCCCGUCAUAAGUUCUAAUAAUAGUGUUUAUGUUUAUUUUUUUAUUUAAAUAAAUUGUGAAAUGUGGGUAUACACAGUGGCAUUGUGUGCCAUAAUGUGCACCUCUGCCUACUCCUUCAGGGAUAAAAGGCGUGACGUUGUGUGAUUGUGAAAUAUUUUUAUUAGUGAAACCUAAUCUGAGCUUUUUUAUUACAGCCAAAAAGUUUAAAACGAACCAGGAUGAUGGACGGCUGCAAUGUAAUUUGGCAAUGGCAAGAUACUAUGAUAAAAAGGCAGAAAAAUUAGAUAUAGAGAUUAAAAUAUUGAAAUUGGAGUUAGCCAAUAAGGAAAAGAAUUGUAAUAAUAAUAUUUAGUUUUCUUCCAUUUACAUAUUUAGCACCUGAUUCGCCUGUGUUGCCUUCUGAAGUCCCAG